AGUGAAAGCAAAGAAGAAUAUAAUGUCUCAACCACGCUACAUGAGCAUCCACUAAUUCAGUGCUGACGAGGCUUUUCGCCCAAUUUUAUUUUUAGGGCUCAUCAAACCGGCUGAGAUACAACUGGCAUAAUAGUGGCCUAAGCGCUACAUCAUAAGUUCCCCAGGGUGUUGAGAAAAGUCUAGGAUUAAUUACUGAAGAUAUACAAUGAAUGAACUUGUGCAUCAUAUCAGUGGCCACAGUUUUGUGGCUACCUUCUUUCAGCAACCAACAUUUUGUUCUCAUUGCAGAAACUUUAUAUGGGGCCUAGGAAAACAAGGUUAUCAGUGCCAAGUCUGCAGGUGUGUAGUCCACAAAAGAUGCCACAAGGUUGUUGUGACUAAGUGUACAGGAAUGAAAGAUACCAACAAUGAAGAGAUUGGUGGUAGUCGUUUCAACAUCAAUAUUCCACAUCGAUUUAAGGUGUAUAACUACAAAAUGCCAACAUUUUGUGAUCACUGUGGUUCUAUGCUGUAUGGAUGCAUUCAUCAAGGUAUUCAUUGUGAAGCUUGUAAAAUGAAUGCACAUAACAGGUGUCAGAAGAACGUAGCCAAUAACUGUGGAGUGAAUCCAAAAGAGAUGGCUAAAGCAUUAAGUGCCUUAGGUUUUUCUGCUGAUACUUUGAUAAACAAGAAGGUGUCGUUGUCAGAAAGAAAGAGAGAGAACAUAGAAGAAGAAGAAGAAUGAAAGUCUAUUGAAGGAUAAAUCCUGUUGUGUUCCUCGUCUUUUUCACUCCCAUAUAUGACAGUACAGGACACAUGGGACAAUAAUAGAACAGAGACAAAUAAAAUAAGAAGUCUAACAAUUUAAAUUGAUCAACUUACAUGUUCAUAUUAUUAUAUGCUUAAUUCUGAAUCUGGAAGAUUGAUUUACUCUGAAUGUUUAUAAAGGUGUUACAUGAAAAAUACUUAUUAUGUGUAAAAUUGUUUUAUAUACAAAUACUUUAAGGUAUAACUGAAGUUGGCAAACCAAAGAAGCUAAUUAAACCUAACCAAUGUAAUGAAAAUUAAGCCUUUCUUUAUGUUAUAUAUAACCAGUUACUUUUGUGCCAACUGAUAUUAACAUUGAAAGUAUGUUACACGUGUGUAUAGAAUAUCUUUGUGGCUGUAAAUACUUUUUUAAAAGUUCUAGUUCAGUAUAACACUCCAAUGAAAUAUAAGUAUAAUCAUAUACAAAUGUUAUUUUAUGAUAUAUAAAUGAACCAAUAUAUAUAUAUGUUUACAAAUUUUAUUAAAUUUUUAUAUGUAAAUAAGCAUAUAUAUUUUUCUAAAUGUUGUUAUCAUUCUCUUGACAAAUGUGAUAACAUAUUUUUAUGAUAAAACAAGUUCCAAAAUAUAUUUUGAUCCAUAACCAUUUACUUUUAUAAUGUUUCUUUCCUGUUUGCUCUGCUUAAAAGAAUCACAUAAGAUCAAGUAUCUUUGUAUGUGUUGAAUAAUAUUUUUUCAACUUGUACGGUUUCUCAGAAACAUAAUUUCUGUAAGACAUUUGUUAUGGAUUCUUAAGUCUUUAACUACUGUGCAAAGGUUAUUUUUUAGAAAUGCUAUAAGCAAAAAAGGACAUAUGUUGUAAUAUUUCAUUACUUAUCUAAAAUGUAAAACUGGUAUACUUUAGAUAUUAAACGUUUGAAGAGGAAUAUCCUUUCUUCAUGGUUUUGCAAAAUUCCAAUCUUGCAUAUGGUUAAUAUUAUACUUUUCAAGGCUAGAACAAAGGUUAUGUAGUGUGUCCAUGACAGAGAAAGAGUUAAUGAUAGAAUUAAGUUGUGAGUCCAUAAAAGAAAAUGUUUCCCAAUAGCAUUGAGCGGUCAUCAUAUAAAGAUGCCUUUAACCAAACUGUUUACUGAUCAAUUUAACCUGUACCUUCAAACUGUUGAUUAUAUUCAGUACUUGAAUGGUUAGAAAUAAUUUUUGUUAAGAAAAUCGUGCAUGAGGGAACUUUACAAGAGUGAGAUUUUGCUGACUAAAUUACUCUCGGUGGAAAUAUAUAUAGUUCCAGUUGUAAAGCUGGUUUUUUACUUUUAAUAUCUGUUUUAAUUUCAAUCUAGUUAGUGACUGAUCUGUAAGGUAAUUAAAUUUAUAUAUACAUAA